AUGCACAACACCCCACCCCACGCACGAAGAAUACCAAUAUCUGAACCUAAUUCGCGACAUCCUCGACAAUGGCGAGCACCGCCCCGACCGCACCGGAACCGGCACAUACUCCAUCUUCGCCCCGGCACAAAUGAAAUUCGCCCUUUCCCGCCCCUCCCCGACCCCUCACAACCGCCCGAGCUCAUCCUCCCCCUCCUCACCACAAAGCGCGUCUUCCUGCGCGCCGUGAUCGGAGAGUUGCUCUGGUUCGUUGCUGGCACCACAUCGUCUAAACCCCUCUCAGACGCUGGCAUAAAGAUUUGGGACGGCAAUGGCAGCCGCGAAUUCCUUGACAGCGUGGGGCUGUCGCACCACGAGGAGGGAGACCUAGGGCCUGUAUAUGGCUUCCAAUGGCGGCACUUCGGCGCAGAGUAUAAGGGACAUGAUGCAGAUUACACGGACCAGGGCGUCGACCAGCUCGCCGAGGUCAUCGACAAGCUGAAGAACAAGCCAUACGACCGCCGCAUCAUCCUCAGCGCGUGGAACCCUGCAGACCUUAAGAAGAUGGCGCUCCCGCCGUGCCACAUGUUUGCGCAGUUCUACGUAUCGUUUCCGAGGGCGAAGGAGGGCGAGGAGAAGAAGAGGGGCGUGCUGCAUAGUAUCCUUUACCAGAGGAGUUGCGAUAUGGGACUCGGCGUGCCGUUUAAUAUCGCAAGUUAUGCACUUCUCACGCAUAUGUUGGCGCAUGCUUGCGAUCUUACGCCUGGGACGUUCACGCAUACCAUGGGCGAUGCGCACGUCUAUGCUGAUCAUGUCGAUGCGCUGAAGGUGCAGCUCGAGAGAGAGCCGAGGGAAUUCCCGACAUUGAAGAUCAGCAAGGAGAUUGGGUGCUCAAUCGAUGGAUGGAAAGCGGAAGAUAUUGAGGUGCUGGGAUAUAAGCCGCAUGCGACGAUCGCGAUGAAGAUGAGUGUAUGA